GAGAGUGGCGGGAGGCGAGUCGCUUCCCUCGCGCUGGCUGGGCCGGCUCGUCGGGUUGUCCCGUUUAUCCGCGGUGCCAUCCCGGUGGCGGGUUGUUGAGCUGGUAGUCCCGGGCUCCGGGAGACGCUGCUGAGGACGCGAGGCCCGACCCCCGGCGCCCAGGGCGGUGGAGCCUGGCUGGGAGCGCGAGGGGACUAGGGGCCCCGGUGGAGCCCGGGGCGGUGGCGUACUUGUCAGCUCUCACUGUCCGCACUGGGGAGUCGCCGCUCCCUCCCCGGGGACCGUCCCGAGCCCCGGGCCGCCGACCCCGCUGAGGGGUCUGCUCGUUCCGGAAUCCCGGCGGGAGCAGCGCGGGAUGCCCCUGCUCACGCAGCACGUCCGGGACGAGGGCGAGCGGUACAGCCUAGUGGCCAGCCUCGACAACGUGCGGAACCUCUCCACCAUCCUGAAGGCCAUCCACUUCCGAGAACACGCCACCUGCUUCGCCACUAAAAACGGGCUCCGAGUGACGGUGGAAAAUGCAAAGUGCGUGCAAGCCAAUGCUUUUAUUCAGGCUGGAAUAUUUCAAGAGUUUACCGUUCAGGAAGAGUCAGUUACAUUUCGAAUUAACUUAACUGUCCUUUUAGACUGCUUGUCGAUUUUUGGAUCAAGCCCUGUGCCAGGGACUUGCACGGCACUGCGGAUGUGUUACCAGGGCUACGGCCACCCCCUGAUGCUGUUCCUCGAGGAAGGAGGAGUGGUGACCGUCUGCAAAAUCAGCACUCAGGAGCCUGAGGAGACUCUGGACUUUGAUUUCUGCAGCACCAAUGUGAUCAAUAAAAUUAUCCUGCAGUCUGAGGGGCUCCGAGAAGCGUUUUCCGAGUUGGAUAUGACAAGCGAGGUCCUUCAGGUCACCAUGUCUCCUGACAAGCCGUAUUUCAGGUUGUCUACUUUUGGAAAUGCAGGAAGCUCCCACCUCGACUAUCCCAAAGAUUCUGACUUGAUGGAAACAUUCCUUUGUAACCAGACCCAAGUGAACAGGUACAAGAUUUCUUUGCUGAAGCCCUCUACAAAGGCGUUAGUCCUCUCUUGUAAAGUAUCCAUUCGGACAGAUAACCGAGGAUUCCUCUCACUACAGUACAUGAUUAAAAAUGAAGAUGGACAGAUAUGCUUUGUGGAAUAUUAUUGCUGCCCGGAUGAGGAAGUUCCUGAAUCUGAGUCUGGAGUGUGAGCACUGACGGACACACUGCCCUCCAUGCUGCUCGGCCAUGACGUCAUUCAGGCGGUCCAUCGGGGGCUGUGUUCUUCUGAGAAAGCACUCGCAUGAGUCCUUCUUUGACAAAAAAAGCCUUAUACUCUAAUCAUUUCUAUGCAUUUUGUAAAUAAAUGUUUUCUGAAUCAUUGAUUAUCCAGUA